AUGGCUAAUGGCAGCGCUAGAAGGAAGCGAGCAGGUUCUCUGCGAACUCAGAUGUUCAAUAAACGGUUAUUCGAUAAGUUUAAUCGCAGUGAAAACCAGAAUAUAGAGCUGGCAGAGAUCAGCGAGGGCACUAGAACCGCCGGAGAGACGCGAGAUACUGAGUUGGAUGAAGUUGAAGCGCAGCAGGAUAUCUAUGAGCACCAGGGAGAUAGGCGAAUCUCACUCUGGGACAAAUUGGUCGACGUUCUACUGAAUAGAUCGCGAGAAGUGUCCACAAAGGAAGGGCGACAUAUACCCAUAAUAUUGGAUCAUGGUACGGCAGAGUAUAAGAGAUAUGCAUCGCCAGACAGCGAUCUCCUGAUAGACGAGAGACUAGGGGCUCCAUAUUGUGACAACCAGAUCACGUCGUCACGAUAUUCGAUCAUAUCCUUCUUGCCCAAGCAGCUAUACGCCCAAUUCUCCAAGCUGGCAAAUGCAUAUUUUUUCCUUGUUGCCAUCCUACAGAUGAUCCCAGGCUGGUCGGUGACAGGUAAGUACACUACGAUCAUUCCCUUGUGUGUGUUUAUGGGGAUCUCAAUGGCCAGAGAAGCGUGGGAUGACAUCAAGAGGCACAGGUUGGAUAGGGAAGAGAAUGAAAAAAUAGCUAGCGUCUUGGUGAAGAAUCAUCAAAUCAAGGGAGAUGUUUCAGUACAGUCGAAGGAAGAAGAACUCAGCCCAGGCCUGCGCCCUACAAAUUCAGCAUCUAAUAGGCUGAUUUCCGAUGGAGAUGGGCAAUCGAUUCAAGCGCGCUCCCCUACACGUUUCAAUAACUUCGAACUUCUGGCUCAGCGUCACGGUGUGUACGCAGAGAAGCGCCAGUGGAAGGAUUUAAGAGUCGGGAACUUCGUUCUAUUGAAACAGGACGAUUGGAUUCCUGCUGAUCUUCUUCUCCUGGCUAGUGAUGGAGAAAACAACGAAUGCUUUGUUGAAACAAUGGCAUUAGACGGAGAGACAAACCUGAAAAGUCGCCAACCACAUCCUGAGCUAAGCAAGCUAGCGUGUGCAGCCUCUGGCCUUGCUAACAUCAAUGCCCGAGUAACAACUGAAGAUCCAAACAUUGACCUUUACAAUUUCGAAGGAAAUUUGGAGCUUCAAGGGCAUCGGAAUGAAUGUUUACAGAAAUUUCCUCUAGGCCCAGAUAAUAUAGUUUAUCGGGGAAGUAUUCUACGAAAUACCCAGAACGUUGUCGGAAUGGUUAUAUUCACUGGUGAAGAGACCAAGAUCAGAAUGAACGCACUGAAAAAUCCCAGGGUCAAGGCUCCAAAAAUUCAGCGAAAGAUCAACAUGAUUGUUGCUUUCAUGGUCUUUGUGGUCGCCACUGUGUCUCUAUUUUCCUACUUGGGCCAUGUGCUUGAGAACAGAAAGUUUCUUGAUCAGAAUCAAGCGUGGUACCUAAUGAAGCAAGAUGCGGGCACUGCUGCCACAAUCAUGUCUUUCAUCAUCAUGUACAAUACGAUGAUCCCAUUAUCUCUCUACGUUACUAUGGAGAUAAUUAAAGUGAUACAAAGCAAACUUAUGGAAUGGGAUAUUGAUAUAUAUCAUGCUGAAACUGACACUCCCUGUGAGUCUAGGACUGCUACAAUAUUAGAAGAGCUUGGUCAAGUGUCAUAUAUUUUUAGUGAUAAGACAGGCACUUUGACGGAUAAUAAGAUGAUAUUUCGUAAGUUCUCCUUUGCCGGGACGUCGUGGAUUCACGACGUCGAGCCUGGAGAUAGUCCUAUAAAAAGAGAGGGCUCCGAUUUGGACGUUAUAUCCUACGAUGGGCCUGAGAUGCUCAAUAACUUUCGAACAGAAGAUGUCCAUGAUGGCGCUUCCUCCGUUAAUAUCAGCAAUUUGGCUCGAAAGUCAGUGGAGUAUAAAGGAAAUUCAGCAGCAACUUACACUGGUAGGCCAAGUAUGAGGUCUCUUCGUGCCCAUAAUGUCCCUAGUUUAAAUUCCACAAUCGGGUCCACAUCUCGUUCAACCGAGGAUCACCAUACUUUGAAAAGCUCAUAUGAGCUGAUUCGAUAUAUCCAGCAACAUCCGGACAAUCUCUUCUCUCAAAAAGCAAAAUUCUUUAUACUGUCACUGGCGUUAUGUCAUACAUGUUUGGCAAAACGAAGUGAAGACUCAUUUGAUGACGGCGACACUGUAGAGUACCAAUCAUCUUCUCCUGAUGAACUGGCACUGGUCACCGCAGCACGAGAUUUGGGGUACGUUGUCAUAGGCAGGAACGGUAAAUUUUUGUCUAUUAAAAGCUAUCCCAACGGGUUUGAUGAGGAACCUCAGGUUGACGAUUAUGAAAUCCUCAAUUAUAUUGACUUCAAUUCCCAGCGCAAAAGAAUGUCAGUUUUAUUGCGUAUACGAGAACAGCCGAAUAGAGUACUUCUUAUCUGCAAAGGAGCAGAUAGUAUUAUUUUGGAGCGGUUGCAGAACCGUGAAAUGGCUUAUGAGAAGCUGGACGAGAUCAAUUCCACAACAAAAGAGCGAAAAGAAGCUGAGGCUGAGCUGAUUUUACAAAAAAAACUAUCUUUGGAGCGAUUAACUGCUGACGACGAUGUGGUCAGUAACCGACUAAGACCUUCUGUUUCUAGUAAUCCAAGGGGUAGUUUAUCUUUGAAGGCAGUCAGAAAGAGUAUGUCAAGAAAGGCCAGUGGUCAACAAGAUCCUGAGAUGCAGAUAGGAUCAAUCGACCAAUUUUUGAACAACAUACGGCGCACUGAUAAUGAGCUUGAUGAGGUGAUUACUCAGAGCAGAAAAUCAUUGCAUAAGCAACAACUUGAAAGAUAUGGACCAAGGAUUUCCUCGGAGCAACGUCAUAGACAAUCCCCACUCAUUAAUCAACAACCCUCUCAGGUUCGUUCGAGCGGCACCUCAGACGGCGGGUCCGACAUGCUUCAUUAUAUAGGAAGUGAAGAGCUGCUACAGAAUGAAGAAUAUGUGAUAGAGAGAACUUUGCAGGCUAUCGAUGAGUUCUCAACGGAAGGCCUGAGGACGCUCGUGUACGCCUAUAGAUGGAUUGACAUCGAAGAGUAUAAUAAGUGGCAAGACCGAUAUCAUCAGGCUAAAACGUCUCUAAAUGAUCGUAAGACAAAGAUCGACGCAGUGGGAGCUGAGAUCGAAGAAUCCCUUUCUCUCCUGGGUACUACUGCCAUAGAGGAUAAACUACAGGAGGGGGUAGCGGAAGCAAUAGAAAAAAUAAGGCGUGCUGGCAUCAAGAUGUGGAUGCUAACAGGAGAUAAAAGAGAAACAGCGAUUAACAUUGGUUAUUCUUGUAAGCUUAUCUAUGACUAUUCAACAGUGGUGAUACUAUCAGCCAAUGAGGAGAACAUGAUUGCAAAAAUGAAUGCUGUGAUACAAGAAAUUGAUUCGGGAAAUGUAGCGCACUGUGUCUUAGUGAUUGAUGGCGCCACGUUAGCAUUAUUCGAAGACAAUCCGAAUUUAAUGUCUGUCUUCAUUGAGCUUUGCACAAAAACUGAUUCCGUGGUCUGUUGUCGUGCUUCACCAUCGCAGAAAGCCUUAAUGGUAAGCAAAAUUAGAAAAACCAACAGGAAGCUUGUCACUCUAGCAAUCGGAGAUGGUGCCAACGAUAUUGCGAUGAUUCAAUCCGCCGAUAUUGGGAUUGGAAUUGCAGGAAAGGAAGGUCUACAGGCCUCAAGGUCCUCUGAUUACUCUAUCGGACAAUUUCGCUUCCUUCUCAAGCUUUUAUUCGUUCAUGGCCGUUAUAACUAUGUUCGCACGUCGAAGUUUGUUCUUUGCACUUUUUACAAAGAAGUGACAUUCUACCUGACGCAGCUCAUAUACCAGAGAUUCACAAUGUUUUCAGGAACAUCACUCUAUGAGUCUUGGUCUCUAUCAAUGUUCAACACUUUAUUCACCUCGCUACCCGUUUUAUGCAUUGGUAUGUUCGAAAAGGACCUGAAGCCAAUUACUCUUUUGACUGUACCAGAACUUUACAGCACUGGGCGUUCAUCUCAAGGCUUCAACUUAUUUGUCUUUCUGCAGUGGGUCAUUUUAGGUGCUGGUAGCGCAUUGAUGGUGACCUUCCUGAAUGUAAAGAUAUGGGGCGAGACUGCUUUGAGUGAUAACACCAUAUAUCCUCUAGGCCUUGUCAAUUACACUGCUAUUGUGUUUUUGAUCAACAUCAAGUGCCAAUUUGUGGAGACACACAACAGAAAUUGGUUGGCGUUCGCCUCUGCCGCAAUUUCAUGCUUCGGCUGGCUUGUGUGGUGUGCUCUUCUACCACAGGUGCGUAAGGAAGACCCGAUUUACGAUGUGCCAAACGGGUUGUACCAACAGUUUGGUGAUGAUCUAACCUUCUAUUGCGCAGUACUUGUUUUAAUGGUGCUGCCGAUAAUGAUCGAUAUUAUUUACAAGACGUUCCAUGUAAUGAUGUGGCCUAGCGAUACAGAUAUCUUUGCCCAACUAGAGAAGAAAAGUGAGGUGCGUAAAAAGCUGGAACUUGGCGCUUACAAUGAAAUGAAACAAGGUUGGACCUGGAAAAGAGAUCCAGGUACUUUCACAACUUACAAAGAUAAAGUGCUUUCGCGAUCGAGAGCAAGCUCGCGGGCCAGUGGUAAGAAUGAAGGAACAGCUAAUAAUGACAAAAAUCAAACGAACAAUUCCUCCACCAGCGAAAGCGAUGGCAUUAUUUUAGGUCAAGACGAGGAAGAGGGAGCAAAGUACGAUUACGACAAGUACGAAAUGCUGCCUAGCGGCAAGCUGAUCAAGAGGCAGUCUGCAGAUCAUCCAUCCAAGCAAGAGGGCUCCACGAGAAUUUCGGCACUAAUUCCGAAAAAACUGAGAUUCACGUUGAAGGACGACCAAGAAGAAGAAGACAUACGGGCAAUUGUUGAGCAAAGAAUGCAAGACCUUGAAUGA